AUGGUGCAAACAAGAGGACCCGAUAAAAAAAGAGCCAGUUCGCGGAAAGAGUUGACCUCCGACCCCGAACCUAGUUCCAGGCCACUGCUGGCCGCCAGUUCCACGUCAAUAAAGGCCAAAACACCCACCAAACCUACAAAUAAAGUAACGAAAGUCAGCACCCCAAAUGGUAAAACAAAGGGCAGAUCAAGUCCAAUUACAGCCAAAAAAGCCAUCACACCGGGGAAAACGCGUGUUGCCAGCUCAACUGCAAUCCGGUUAGACAAAAUUACCCACCAAGAGAUUAUUACUGCUCAUGACAAUGGAGAACUCAUUGGUCUCAUCAACCAUCUUACUGGAACUGCUCAAGACGAAAUAUUCACUACAUAUAAGUUGAAGAGUAAACUUAAAAUAGAGGAAGACGAGCUUGCUAUCUUGAAACUUCAGCAAGAAAUCAAAGACAAGGACGCUUUAAUUGCUGAGUUGCAGAAGGGCACCGUAAGUGACACUACCAAGCCUGAGUCUAACAGCAGUGAAGACUUAUUUAUUUCGCCUAUAAGGAAGAGGAAGAAUCUUAAUGAAGAGAUAAUCAACCGAGACGAUAUAACGAAGGAAUUGAAUACGGUGGGUGUAAUAUUGGAUAUGCUCCAGCUUUUGACGGGGUUGAAGGUGAUGAACCAUGAGCUGGACGAUCAUAAAUUUUACUUUGAUCUCCUUCAGACCAGCACAGUCGACCGGGUGGACAAGCUCAGUAUGGAGUAUCGAUUGGUGAUAGUCAAGAAGUUUUCUUCAGCCACCGAGGUGAACUAUAUUCCAUCGUUUCUCAAGAUCGAUAAUAAUGAUAAAGACGUGUUGAAAAAGUAUUUACCAGACUACUUUUGUGACAAUUUGACAUUUCCCUACCACACUCUAAGUCAGUUCUACUCGAAGAUGAACAAGGCAUUGAACAAGAUUGCAACACGAUGA